AUGGGCGCUGCCAGGGUCACUCGUCUGUGGACGGUACCCCCCGUUGCGCUAGCUGCAUACACUGCAAGGGAAUGGUCUCAACCCAGACAAUUUAGAGCUCAAUUCACUACUUCUCGAACACUACGCAACAAUGAUUCAGAGUCUAGCAAUUCAAAUACGAGCUCAGAUAGAAUUGGUGAGGAGGGCAAGGAUGAGAGAUCCAUCUGGGACAAAAUCGGCCAAAAGCUCGAUGAGGUUAAACAAACUGUUGGCUCCGGCGAUUGGGUAGACGUGGGUAGUCUUACAGACUAUAUUAUCCCAGACUGGACGCGAUUUUUACCAGCUACUGUCCAAAAGCUGCAGCGAGAGCUUUCCUUGUCACCAGGCUCCCUGGCAGACGAUAUCUGGAAGGAGGCGCAGGACCCUAACAUCAAUCCAGAAAUACUCCGCGACGCCGAGGUACGAGUAGGUGGGGACCUCUGCGACGAAGAGCGGGCAUUUAGACAGCAUCGACAACAGAAGGUUGUCAAAGCACUGUCAUCCUACCUCAACAUACCGGAGGAGGAUAUCCACCCCGAAGAUGUACCAGUCAUUGCGAUGUGUGGCUCAGGAGGUGGUCUGCGCGCUCUAGUUGCAGGCACCGGAUCUUACCUGGCUGCACAGGAAGCAGGGCUGUGGGACUGUAUAACCUACACAGCCGGUGUCAGUGGCAGUUGCUGGCUGCAGACCCUGUAUCAUUCGUCCGUUGCGCAGCAAGACUUUGAGAAGCUUGUCGACCAUUUAAAGAAUCGUCUUGGUGUUCAUAUUGCAUUCCCGCCGGCAGCUCUCGAUCUCCUCACUACUGCGCCGACAAACAAGUACCUUCUCAGUGGUUUUGUGGAAAAGCUUAAAGGCGACCCUGGAGCGGACUUUGGAUUGGUAGAUAUUUACGGAAUGCUGCUUGCAGCGAGACUCUUGGUCCCGCGAGGAGAACUCGGAGUCUCCGAUGUGGAUUUCAAGUUGUCGAACCAGCGAGCCAAUUUGAUAAAUGGGGCGCAUCCGCUACCCAUCUACACGGCGGUGCGACAUGAGAUUCCUGUCGAAGCCAUCGACCACCCAAACGAAAAAACCAAGAAGCAUCCAACGCCCGAAGAUUUGGUGAAAGAGGCACGGAAAGAAGCAUGGUUCCAGUGGUUUGAGUUCACUCCCUACGAAUUCUUCUGUGAAGAACUCAAUGCCGGUAUUCCCACCUGGGCUUUGGGACGUCACUUCAACGCAGGUCGCUCUGAGGUUUCUGCUGAAAACCUCCCCCUCCCGGAGAUGAGAAUUACUGGGCUCAUGGGUGUUUGGGGUAGCGCUUUCUGCGCGACUUUGUCUCACUAUUACAAGGAGGUCCGGCCUGUGAUCAGAGGCUUGGCUGGAUUUGGUGGAAUCGACUCUCUCAUCCAAGGCAAGAACCAAGAUUUGAUCAAGGUGCAUCCCAUCGACCCUGCGGGUAUACCCAACUACGUUAUGGGCAUGAAAGACCAGCUGCCCAACUCCUGUCCAGAGUCGAUUUUUCGAAACGAGCACUUGCGUCUUAUGGAUGCGGGAAUGAGCAACAAUCUGCCAAUCUACCCACUCAUUCGACCUGGGCGUGAUGUUGACGUGAUCAUCGCAUUUGAUGCAUCUGCAGACGUUAAACAGGAGAACUGGCUUUCUGUGGUCGAUGGAUACGCCAAACAACGUGGUAUUAAGGGUUGGCCUAUCGGUACCGGAUGGCCUAAAAUUUCGAGCCUCAAGGAUACUGAAAAUGCCCUCCGCGAGCCAGAGAAUAUCACCAAGGAGCAAAUAACAGAGAAACUUACCAACGCCAAGAAUCAGUUUGGAACCCAGCCCGCUAAUCAAAAGCCCACAUCUAGCACAGACCUGGGCUAUUGCAAUGUUUGGGUCGGCACCACGGAAGAGCGAACCUCGAACAACAAGCCUCCACCAUCCAAACGCCUAUUUGAUACUUCCCACAGUGAAGAUCAUUCCGAGUCCGACUUCCACCUGAUGCGACCAGAUGCCGGAAUCGCGGUUAUCUACUUCCCUUUGAUUCCCAAUCCUUCCGCACCACAGAUCCCUCCCAAAGCCAAAACUCGUUCGCGCGUGGCUGCUCAGUCCAUGCGACAGGAUAGCUCUCAAACCAAGGACCCGGAAUUGCCCCUCGCUCCACAACCCAACUCGAUCGACCCUGCCGUUGAUGAUUUCCUGUCCACUUGGAACUUCAUCUACACGCCCGAGCAAAUUGAUUCCGUCAUUGGUCUUGCGAAGGCAAACUUCUCCGAGGGCGAAGAACAGACUCGCCGUGUUGUCCGUGCUGUCUAUGAGCGCAAGAAAUCCGAUCGACUGCAGAAGGAGGCGGCAGAGAUUCGGAAGAAGAUGGAAGGCUUUGUGCCUCUGUGA